ACCCCGUUUCACACGCUCUCGCUCUCGCUCUUUAUGGCUCCUUAAAGUUCUCGCACGCACGCUCCUCCACUCCGUGCGGCCUUUCUCUCGGAGCAAACCGUCCGCUCUUCCCUUCUCUGCGUCCUUCUUUUUCAUGGCAAACCCGGAGUGCGGGCACGAAAUAAGAGACGUGGAAGGACUUGCAGAGCCCCUUCUCCAGUACAAGACAUUGGUCUUGAGAGUUUCCGUCCACUGCGAAGGCUGCAAGAGAAAAGUCAAGAAGGUCCUUCAGUGCAUUGAAGGCGUUUACUAUACAGAGGUCGACCUGAAGCAACACAAAGUGACCGUGAUCGGCAACGUCGAUGCAGGCACCUUGAUCAAGAAACUAGAAAAGGCGGGCAAGCAUGCAGAGUUGUGGUUUUCAAAAGGCAAAAGGCACGGCAAGUCAAAAAACAAAGAGAAACCGAGCGAUCCGGAAAUCAUCGAAGAAGCUGAACACGAUGGUUAUGGUUCCGGCGGUGGAGUUGAAGUAGGAGAAGGCCACUUGACAAAGGGCCAAGAAAAUGCUGGUGGAAUCUGCAAGAUCAGUGAAGGCGGUGGUGCUGGCCACGGUGGGGGGACACCGUUUAAGAAUAGCGUCGCCGUCCAAGUGCAGGAGAUGAUGCCUGAGGGGAGGCGUGCGGUGGUGAACUUUCCGACCACUAACCAGUCACAGACAGCGGCGGCCGAGAAUCCAGCUCUUGCACACGAGGGUGUUGCGGCGGCGGCAACCGGCGGGGGCGGGGGCGGCGGCGGCGGCGGCGGCGGUAAGAAGAAGAAGAAAAAGAAAGGGAAUAAAGGCCACAGUAAUAACCCCAUUGCCAAUGGGGGUGGCCAACAUCCUGGCGGUGCGGCCGCAGGCACCGGAUCGCCCAAGCACGGCCAAGUUCAAGUUCAGGUUCAAGGUCACAUGGUUCAAGGUCAAAUGGGUCAUGGGCAACCGGGUCAUGUUCAACCGGGUCAUGGGCAACCGGGUCAUGUUCAACCGGGUCAUGGGCAACCGGGUCAUGGGCAACCGGGUCAUGGGCAACAGGGUCAUGGGCAACAGGGUCAUGUUCAACCGUGUCAUGGGCAACCGGGUCAUGGUCAAAUGGGUCCAGGUCCCAUGUUCCAUCCGGGAAAUCACAGCCCUCCACACCAUCACGGCUACCAAUACCCGCAGCACUACUACACCCCUACCGUGCACGCCGUGAGUUACCACACGGCGUAUCCGACGACCGCCAGCUGCGAGGCGGCGUACUAUGCCCAGCAGCAGCCAUCGUACGCCUACGAGUAUGUGCACGAUCCAGGGCUGGAGGUCGAGCGGGCGCCGGCCGAACUCAACCCGUGCUCCUCUCGGCGUCGGUGCGAUACCUUCGAGCUGUUCAGCGACGAGAAUCCCAAUGCCUGCUCCGUCAUGUGAUCACCAUAAUCUAGUGAAAGGUGGAAUCAUUUGAAAGGUAUCUAUAUAUAUAUAUUUAUAUAUAUAUAUAUAUAUGAUGUGGUGAUGGGUAAUCUGGACAAGCAAGAACUUAUGCUGCUAUGUAUAAGUUUAUGGAGUGUUGCUUUUGCAAUGCAUGUAGCCUUGUAGGCACGGGAGGAAGGACCAUGUAUGUAAGUGGGUUGAAAGUAGAAGUGGACUCAAAACUUUUGGGGUUGAAAUGAGUAAAUCUUUCUUAUGGCGAGGGGCCCACAGUUUAGAGUUCAGAUUCGUUUUAGUUCUUUUGGAUCUUUCAAGGUUUGGUUGGUUGGAUGGAUUUAUUAGCCCUCUUCAAUGUUUAGUUCUUUUUAGGCCAUCCUUGUCACUCCCCCAUUUCUGCUUUGGGAAUAGAUUGAUAGAUUUGGCAA